GCGGGCUUUUCGCGGGAGCUUGAGAAGCGAGGCAGCGCCGUCAGUCAGCGACCGCCGCCGGAGCGGACGUCUUUAAGAGCAUCGGAGAAAUACUGUAGAGAAAAUGCCCGUUGAAUACAAAAGAAGACCAACUUUUUGGGAAAUUUUUAAGGCGAGAUGCAGCACAGCAGAUUUAGGACCAAUAAGCCUCAAUUGGUUUGAAGAACUUUCCUCAGAAGCUCCACCAUAUAAUUCUGAACCUCCAGAAGAAUCUGAAUAUAAGCCCCACAGUUAUGAACCACAGCUGUUUAAAACACCACAGAGGAAUCCCUCUUACCAUCAUUUUGCUUCAACUCCAAUAAUGUUCAAAGAACGAAGUGAAACUCUACCACUAGACCAGUCGCCUUUCCAAGAAUUAGGGAAAGUUGUUGCAAGUAGUAAACUUAAAAAUCACGGUAAAAUGAAGGCCAAAAUGGACCCUGUGGUGGAUGUUGCCAGUCCGCCUCUGAAGUCUUGUCUCAGUGAAAGCCCCCUUACUCUGCGGUGCACACAGGCGGUACCACAACGAGAAAAGCCAGUGGUAUCUGGAAGUUUAUUUUAUACACCAAAACUCGAGGAGGGUCAGACACCAAAACAUAUUUCUGAGAGUCUGGGAGUUGAAGUGGAUCCUGAUAUGUCUUGGACAAGUUCAUUAGCUACACCACCAACUCUUAGUUCCACUGUGCUCAUAGCCAAAGAUGAAGAAGUACAUAGAACUGCAUUUCGUGCCGACACUCCGGCUACUUUGAAAAGCUAUUUUUCUAACCACAAUGAAAGUCUGAGAAAGAAUGAUAAAUCCAUUCCCUCAGUGACUGAAAAUGAAAACAAAAACCAGCAAGAAUCUUUUAGUCAGGGAUUGGGAGAAAUGUUAGGAGAUUCAUCUGGCAAAAUAAAUAGCUUCAAAGACUGCCUUAGAAGUCCAGUACCAAAUGUUCUAGAAGAUAGGGAGAUAGAAGUUGAUACUUCCGAAGAAGAUAGUUUCUCUUUAUGCGUUCCUAAGCAUAGAGCCAGAAAUCUACAGAAAAUGAGAAUGGGCAAGACCAGGAAGAAAAUUUUCAGUGAAAUAAGAACUGAUGAAUUAAGUGAAGAAGCUAGAAGACAAGCUGAUGAUAAAAACUCAUUUGCACUUGAAAUUGAACCAAGAGAUAGCGAGCCCUUAGAUCCAGAUGUAACAAACCAGAAGCCCUUUUACAGCCAGAGUGAGGAAAUCUGCAAUGAAGCUGUACAGUGCUCAGACAGUAGAUGGUCUCAGUCAAACCUCUCUGGUCUAAAGGGAACCCAGACAGGAAAAAUACCCUUACCUCAUAUUUCUUCUCAUAACCAAAAUAUUUCAGAAGAAGACUUCAUAGAUAUGAAGAAAGAAGGUACUGGCUCUGUUACUUCAGAAAAUUUUCCUCAUAUUUCUAGUCUUCCAGAACCAGAAAAGAUGUUCAGUGAGGAAACUCUGGUAGAUAAGGAACAUGAAGGACAGCAUCUUGAAUCACAUGAAAACUCCACUGCAGGGAAGCAAAUGGUAUCUGGAACAAGUCAAGUAGCCUGUCUAUCUCAUAGUAUCAGGAAGUCUAUAUUCAAGAUGAGAGAGCCACUUGAAGAGACUUUGGGUACUGUUUUCUCAGACAGUAUGACCAGCUCAACCUUUACAGAAGAACAUGAAGCCUCUGUAGGUGAAUUGGAAAUACAUACUGCAUGCUCACAGAGAGAGGAUUCUUUAUGUCCUAGUUUAGUUGACACUGGAAGCUGGCCCACCACUUUCACUGACACUUAUGGAACUGUGAAAAAUACAGGUUUAAUAUCCACUCUAAAAAAUAAAAGAAAAAAGUUUAUUUACUCUGUAAGUGACGAUGCGCCUCAUCAAGGAAAACAACUACAGACUCACAGACAGUCAGAGCUUCCUGAUCUCUCAGCCCAGUUUAAAGCAAGUGCUUUUGAAGUACCAUUCACCUUUACAAAUGUGAAUUCAGGUAUAUCAGAUUCUUCUGUCAAAAGAAGCUAUUUACCGAAUGAUCCAGAAGAGCCAUCUUUGUCCUUGACCAACUCUUUUGUGACUGCUGCUAGUAAAGAAAUUAGUUAUAUUCAUGCAUUGAUAUCUCAGGAUCUUAAUGACAAAGAAGCAAUAGUCAAUGAAGAAAAACUACAGCCAUAUACAGCCCUAGAAGCUGACUUUCUGUCAUGCUUGCCAGAAAAACCAUGUGAAAAUGAUCAAAAAAGUCCAAAGGUUUCCGAUGAAAAGGAAAAAGUCAUAGUCUCAGCAUGUCAUCCUUCAGGAAGGCAUUCAGCAGCAGUGCAGCUCAGCAGCAUUAGCUCUGAAUCACAGGAAAACCCUCUCAGUGGCCACAACAGAACAAGUACUCUUAAAUUAACUCCCAGCUCAAAGGCACCUCUGUCAAAGUCAGUUGUGGAUUCUAGAGGGGAAAUGUGUAAAAUGCCAAAGAACCUGCAGUGUGAGAGCUGUAAAGAUAAUAUUGAAUUAAGCAAAAACAUCCCUUUGGGAGUAAAUGAAAUGUGUAUCUUAACUGAAAAUUCUAAAACCCCCGAGCUUCUGCCACCCGGAAAAUAUAUACUAGAAGUGUCCUCUUCAGUGAAAUCACAGUUCAAUCAAAAUGCAAAAAUAGCAGUCAUACAAAAGGACCAAAAAGACUCACCUUUUAUUUCAGAAGUAACAGUCAAUAUGAAUUCUGAAGAACUUUUCCCAGACGAGAAUAAUUUUACUUUUCAAGUAACCAAUGAAAGCAGUAAGCCUGAUUUAGGAAGUACUGUGGAACUUCAGGAAGAAGACCUUAGCCACGCAAAAAGGCCUAGUCUCAAGAACUCUCCCAUGGCAGUAGGUGGAGACCUAGAUGAUGAGCAUAGAGCCCAAGUGUUGAUUACAAAGGACUCAGAUUCAUUAGCUGUGGUCCAUGAUUGUACAGAGAAGAGCAGAAAUACUAUAGAGCAGCAUCAGAAAGAAACCGCUGACAAAGAUUUCAAGUUGAGUUCCUCCUUGGAUAUGAAAUCAGAUGGGAACAAUGAUUAUUCAGACAGAUGGUCGGAGUUCUUGGAUCCAGUUUUGAAUCAUAAUUUUGGAGGUGGCUUCAGAACAGCUUCCAAUAAAGAAAUAAAACUUUCAGAGCAUAAUGUCAAGAAAAGCAAAAUGUUCUUCAAAGAUAUUGAAGAACAGUAUCCUACUAGUUUAGCUUGUAUUGAUAUUGUUAAUACCCAUCCAUUAGCAAACCAGAAGAGACUAAAUGAAUCUCAAACAUUUGAUUUGAAAUUAGUUGCUACUGUAUCUACACAGUCUCAUAGUCCAUCAUCUGUUUCUCAUGAAGAUACGCAUGCAACACCUCAGAUGUUAUCUUUAAAGAAAGAUUUUCAUUCAAGUCAUAAUUUAACUCCUAGCCAAAAAGCAGAAAUUACAGAACUAUCUACUAUCUUGGAAGAAUCAGGAAGUCAGUUUGAAUUCACACAGUUCAGAAAGCCAAGCCACAUUGCACAGAGUAAUAAAUCUGAAGUGCCUGGAAAGCAGAUGGCUGUUGUAAGUACUGCUUCUGAGGAGUGGAAAGAUGUUGAUCUUCAUCUCCCAGUGGUUCCCUCCUCUGUAGGUCAGACAGGUCACAGCAAGCAAUUUGAAGAUUUGACUGGAGUUAAACGAAGCUUUCCUCACGUGUUAGAAGACACUUGUAACAAAAAUACAUUGUGUUUUUUACCAAAUAUAAAUGAAAUGGAGUUUGGAGGAUUUUGUUCUGCUCUUGGCACAAAACUUAGUGUGUCUAAUGAGGCUCUGAAAAAAGCUAUGAAACUGUUCAGUGACAUUGAAAAUAUUAGUGAGGAGCCUUCAGCAAAAGUAGGACCAAGAGGAUUCUCUUCAAGUGCACAUCAUGAUUCUGUUGCUUCUGUGGUGAAGAUAAAGAAACAAAACACUGAUAAAAGUUUUGAUGCGAAAUCUAGUAAGUGCCAAGUAACAUUACAAAAUAAUAUUGAAAUGUCUACCUAUAUUUUUGUUGACAAAAAUUCUGAAAAUUAUGUAAAGAAUACAAAACAUGAAGAUAACUAUACUGGCUCUCAAAGAAAUAAAUUAGAAAACUCUGAUGGUAGUAAAUCAAGUACAAGUGGCACAGUUUCUAUUCAUAAAGGUGACGGUGAUUUGCCUCGUGCUGCUGAUCAAGGCAAUAAGUCUCCUAAGUCAUGUACCCAAAAUGUGAGGGAGGGAAACACACAAAUUAAGGAAAGUAUAUCAGAUUUAACAUGUUUAGAAGUCAUGAAAGCUGAGGAAACCUGUCGUAUGAAAUCUUCAGAUAAAGAACACCUACCUUCAAAUAAGAUGGAACAAAAUACAAAAGAGUUUAAUAUAUCCUUUCAGACAGCAAGCGGGAAAAAUAUCAGAGUCUCCAAAGAGUCAUUAAAUAAAAGUGUGAAUAUUUUUAAUCAGGAAACAGAAGAAAUGAACAUUUCGGAUUCUUUGAAUUCUAAAAUUUUUAGUGGCAUAAAUAAGGACAAAAUGAAUAUUUCAUGUCACAAGAAAGCAAUCAGUAUUAAAAAGGCAUUUGAAGAACAUUUCCCAAUCGGAACUGUCAGUCAAUUACCAGCUCUUCAACAGUAUCCUGAACUUGAAAUAGAAAGUAUCAAAGAUCCUACACUGUUGAGUUUUCAUACAGCUAGUGGGAAGAAAGUCAAAAUUAUGCAGGAAUCUUUAGACAAAGUGAAAAACCUUUUUGAUGAGACACAAUAUGUUAGGAAAACUGCCAGUUCUAGUCAUCGGGGAUCAAAACCCCUGAAGGACAGAGAGGACUACAAAGAAGGACUUACAUUAGCAUAUGAGAAAAUUGAAGUAACUGCCUCAAAAUGUGAAGAAAUGCAGAAUUUUGUCUCUAAGGAGACUGAAAUGCUACCCCAGCAAAGUUAUCAUAUGUAUAGGCAAACUGAAAAUCUCACAACAUCAAAUGGUACCUCUUCCAAAGUACAUGAAAACAUAGAAAAUAAAAUAGAAGAGAAUCCUAGAAAUUGCUCUAAUUGUCAGUUCUCUUACCCAGUCACUAAAGAUUCUGCUUUGGAAUGUUCUACAGGGGACAGUAGAAAAACUUGUAUCAGUGAGACUUCUCUUUCCAAAGGCAGAAAAUGGCUUAGAGAACAGAGUGAUAAGCUUGAAACAAGAAAUACUAUUGAAAUCAAAUGUGUAAAGGAACACACUGAAGAUUUUGCAGGAAAUGCCUCAUAUGAACGUAGUUUAGUCGUUAUCAGAACUGAAAUUAAUACAAGUCAUGUCUCUGAAAACCAAGCUUCAGCCCUCUUUAGUGACCCUAAUGUGUGUCACAGCUAUCUAUCUCAUUCUAGUUUUUGUCAUCGUGAUGACAUGCAUAAUGAUUUGGGAUAUUUCUUUAAAAAUAAACUUGAUUCUGAUGUUCAGCCAGAAAUAAGUCUAUGCCCACAAACUGUAAAUGAAGAUUGUGUUCAGAAACUGGAGACUAAUGCUUCAUAUGCAAAUAAAAAUGUAGCCAUUGACUCAGCAAUGCUGGAUUCAAUGAACUAUAAGGUAGACUCACCCAUGUUCAUUACAGCUCAUUCACAAGAAACUGUAAGAAUGAAAGAGAUAGUCACAGAUAAAUGUAAUAAAAUAAUCGAGCAAAACAGAGAGACUAAACCAGACACUUGCCAGACGAGCUGUCAUAAAGCACUAGAUCAUUCAGAGGAUUUUAUAUGUCCUAGCUCUUCAGGUGAUAUCUGCAUAAACUCACAUGAGGCUAUUUUUUAUCCUCAGAAUGAACAAAUUUUACAACAUAACCAAAAUGUGUCUGGACUGAAGAAAGCUGCAACACCACCUGUUAGUUUGGAAACUUGGGAUACUUAUAAAUCUAUAAGAGAGCCUCCCCAGGCAGUCCAUCCUUCACACACUUCCGGAAUUUUUAGCACAGCAAGUGGAAAAGCUGUACAAGUAUCAGCUGCUUCAUUAGAAAAGGCAAGACACGUGUUUUCUGAAAUGGAUGGUGAUGCUAAACAGUCACUGGAAGGUAAUGAAAAAUCACAUCAUUCUGUAAAAAGAGAAAAGUCUGUGGUGCAUAACACCCAGGGUGUUUUGUCACUCCCAAAAGUCCUCCCGGGCAAUGUCAAUUCAUCUGUAUUUUCUGGAUUUAGCACUGCAGGUGGAAAACUGGUCACAGUUUCAGAAAGUGCCUUACACAAAGUUAAAGGAAUAUUAGAGGAAUUUGAUUUGAUCAGAACUGAACAUACUCUCCAGCACUCAUCUACACCUGAAGAUGUAUCAAAAAUACUUCCUCAAUCUUGUGUUGAAAACAGAACCCCAGAAUUCCCUGUAAACUCUAAACUGCAGAAAACCUAUAAUGAUAAAUCCAGCUUACCUAGUAAUUAUAAAGAAGGUGGUUCUUCAGGCAAUACUCAAUCUAUUGAAGUUUCUUCCCAACUCUCUCAGAUGAGGAGAAAGCAAGACACACAGUUGGUAUUAGGAACAAGAAUAUCCCAUAGGAAGGCUAGUCUUCUGGAAAAAGAACAAACCUUACCCCAAGACAUAAAAAUAGAAACUGAUGAAGUGGAAACAUUGUCUAAUUUUCCUGUGAAAACAAAUGUAGGAGAAUAUUACUCCAAAGAGAACUAUUUUGAAACAGAAGCAGUGGAGAGUGCCAAAGCUUUUAUGGAAGAUGAUGAGCUGACGGAUUCUGAACAGACUCGUGCCAAAUGCUCACAGUUUACAUGCCCCCCAAAUGAGACUUUGUUAAAUUCAAGAACUAGGAAAAGAGGAGGAGUGGCUGUUGAUGCAAUGGGACAACCUCCAAUCAAAAGAAGCUUAUUAAAUGAAUUUGACAGGAUAAUAGAAAGUAAAGGAAAAUGUUUAACGCCUUCAAAAAGCACUCCAGAUGGCACAAUAAAAGACAGAAGAUUGUUCACGCACCACAUGUCUCUAGAGCCGGUUACCUGUGGACCCUUCUGCUCAAGUAAAGAAAGGCAAGAAACCCAGAGCCCACAUUUUACCUCACCUGUUCACGGGCUUCAUUCUAAAGGGCCUCCUUCGAGACACUCAGCCUUGGGAAAGUCUUCAAGCAAUCCUACAGUUUCCAUCUUACCGGCUCACAAGGUUUCUUCCACAAGAACUGAAAGGACCAGACACUCAGUCAUGGGCAGAUCCACCAAAGUCUUUGUCCCGCCUUUCAAGAUGAAAGCACAGUUUCACGGAGAUGAACAUUUUAAUAGCACGGAUGUUAAUUUAGAGGGAAAGAACCAAAAGAGCACAGAUAGCGACAGGGAAGACGGGAACAACGACAUUCAUCGGUUUAACAAAGAUCUAAUGUCAAGCCUUCAGAAUGCCAGAGACCUACAGGAUACACGAAUUAAAAACAAAGAAAGGCAUCAUCUGUGUCCGCAGCCAGGCAGUCUGUAUCUUACAAAAUCAUCCACCCUGCCCCGGAUCUCUCUGCAGGCUGCAGUAGGAGACAGGGUUCCUUCUGCAUGUUCUCCUAAGCAGCUCUAUAUGUAUGGCGUCUCUAAAGAGUGCAUAAACAUUAACAGCAAAAACGCUGAGUAUUUUCAGUUUGACAUUCAGGAUCAUUUUGGUAAAGAAGAUCUGUGUGCUGGCAAAGGCUUUCAGUUGGCAGAUGGUGGAUGGCUGAUCCCCUCCAAAGAUGGGAAAGCUGGAAAAGAAGAAUUUUAUAGGGCUCUGUGUGACACUCCAGGUGUGGAUCCAAAGCUUAUUUCUAGUGUCUGGGUCGCUAACCACUACAGGUGGAUUGUAUGGAAACUGGCAGCUAUGGAAUUUGCUUUUCCUAAGGAAUUUGCUAAUAGAUGCCUAAACCCAGAAAGAGUGCUGCUUCAACUAAAAUACAGAUAUGAUGUGGAAAUUGACAACAGCAGCAGAUCGGCUCUAAAGAAGAUACUGGAAAGGGAUGAUACAGCUGCAAAAACACUUAUCCUCUGUGUUUCUGACAUCAUGUCACCAAGCACACAUGUCUCUGAAACUUCAGACAGUAAAACUAGUAGUGAGGAUGCCCACAAAGUAGACACGAUCGAACUCACAGAUGGAUGGUACGCUGUCAGGGCCCAGCUAGACCCACCACUUCUGGCUCUUGUAAAGAGUGGCAGACUGACUGUGGGUCAGAAGAUCAUCACUCAGGGAGCAGAGCUGGUAGGCUCUCCUGAUGCCUGUGCACCUCUGGAAGCCCCAGAUUCCCUUAGGCUAAAGAUUUCUGCAAACAGCACUCGACCUGCUCGCUGGCACAGCAAGCUGGGGUUCUUUCGUGACCCCAGGCCCUUCCCUCUGCCCUUGUCCUCACUGUUCAGUGAUGGAGGAAACGUUGGCUGUGUGGACAUCAUUGUUCAGAGAGUGUACCCUUUACAGUGGGUGGAGAAGACGGUGUCUGGAUUGUACAUAUUUCGUAGUGAGAGAGAAGAGGAGAGAGAAGCACUGAGAUUUGCAGAGGCGCAGCAAAAGAAACUAGAGGCCUUGUUCACCAAAGUCCACACAGAGUUUAAAGAUCACGAAGAAGACACAACACAGCGGUGUGUGAUGUCCCGUGCACUCACACAGCAGCAGGUCCAUGCUCUGCAGGACGGGGCAGAGCUCUAUGCAGCUGUGCAGGAGGCACCAGACCCCGAUCACCUUGAGGCUUGCUUCAGUGACGAGCAGCUAAGAAUCUUGAACAACUACAGACAAAUGCUGAACGAGAAGAAACAAGCACGGAUCCAGUCGGCAUUCCGGAAGGCCCUGGAGUCCGCUGAGCAAGAAGAGGCUUUAUCAAGGGAUGUUUCCACAGUGUGGAAGCUACGGGUCACAAACUACAAGAAAAGGGGAAAAUCAGCUCUGUUGAGUAUCUGGCGUCCACCAUCAGACUUAUCCUCCCUAUUAUCAGAAGGAAAGAGAUACAGAAUCUAUCAUCUUGCAGUGUCAAAAUCGAAGAGUAAAUUUGAACAACCCAACAUCCAGUUAACGGCCACAAAAAGAACUCAAUAUCAACAGCUGCCGGCUUCCAGUGAGACUUUGCUCCAGGUUUACCAGCCCAGGGAGCCCCUUGACUUCAGCAGACUGUCAGAGCCAGCCUUUCAGCCUCCUUGUUCUGAAGUGGAUGUCGUGGGAGUUGUAGUUUCUGUUGUAAAACCGAUAGGUCUUGCUCCUUUGGUCUACCUGUCAGACGAAUGCUUUAAUUUAUUAGUGGUCAAAUUUGGGAUAGACGUUAAUGAAGACAUAAAGCCACGUGUGCUGAUUGCUGCCAGCAACCUCCAAUGCCAGCCAGAAUACACAUCAAGAGUGCCGACUUUAUUUGCUGGGAAUUUAUCCAUGUUUUCUGCCAGUCCAAAGGAGGCCUACUUUCAGGAGAGAAUCAACAAAAUGAAACAUGCUAUUGAGAAUAUGGAUACAUUUUACAAGGAGGCCGAAAAGAAGCUUGUGCACAUGCUUAAGGGAGACAGUCCCAAGUGGUCCACCCCAAACAAAGACCCCACCCAAGAGCCCCACGCAGCCUCCCCUUGCCCUGCUCCAGAUCUCGGUACAAGAGGUCAGUUACUGAGGAUUUCACCUACUGGUCAGCAGAAUUAUCAAAGUCCUUUAUCACAUUGCACACCGAAAGGGAAGUCUACACCCCUGGCUCACUCAGCCCAGAUGGCAGCAAAGUCUUGUAGUGGGGAGAAAGAGACCGAUGACCCCAAAACCUGUCGAAAAAGACGAGCCUUGGAUCUCCUAAGCCGGCUGCCCCUGCCUCCCCCGGUCAGUCCCAUCUGUACCUUUGUCUCUCCAGCUGCGCAGAAGGCUUUUCAGCCACCACGGAGCUGUGGCACCAAAUACACAACACCUAUUAAAAAAGAGCCCCAUUCCCCACGGAGGAGGACACCAUUGCAGAAGGCCAAUGGCGGUUCCCUUCCGGACUGUGAUUCAGUAGCUGAUGAAGAACUUGCCUUGCUCAGUACCCAAGCCUUUGUGCCUGACUCAGUGGGAGGAAAUGAACAAGUGUUUCCCGGCAAUUCCACAAGGACUGCUGGACCCCAAGGACAUAACCCCCAGCCAGCACAGAGGUUGGACAGACACGUAGGGCCCAGAUCCAGGAAGGAGUCUCUCGGGGACUGUAAAGACGACAGCAGUGGGAAAUAGCUGCUGAGUCUUAGCCUCGCGGUUUGUAAGAUAUGUACAGUUCCAGACUACUCAGGAGUGUGCGUGUGACAAGACAGGAGUAACUGCACACUUACUGAAGCCUUCACUUGCGACUCAGAUGCUCUACCUGGUUCUGUCUUGGUUGUACAGUAACUAAUUUAAAAAGCUUAAGGACUUUAUCACUACAAGUAUUAUUUUACAUACAAAAUAAACAUAGCUUUGCAUUUA